AUGGCCGCAACCGUUAGUCUCAUGUCGUUAUCACCGGUCGACCACACCAUGAAGUGUGUCUCCUCUCCGGUGACGUCUAUGUCUUCGCAGUCAACGGCCGAAAGCGGGUCCGAAAGCCAUGCGUUCGUAACUUUGGUCAUGAAGUCCGACAAAUAUAUGGCCGGCGCUCUCGUGUUGGCCCAAAGUCUUCGCAACAAUCGCACCAACAGUUCCCUCGUCUGUAUGAUAACCCACGACAUCAGUGUCCGGGCGGCCAAAGUGCUGAAGAAGUGGUACGACUUCGUAUGGACUGUGCCUUACAUUAGGCAAAGAUGUGUCACAUUUAAGACCCGACGGCAGCGAGACUUAUAUGAAGACUGGAUCGAAGAGUCGUUUACGAAAUGGAAUUGUCUUAACCACGAGAUGUUCGGCCGCUUCGACAAAGUGUUGUUCAUCGACGCGGAUAUGAUGGUCGCCAACAAUUGCGAUCACCAGCUCUUCGGCUUAGACCCGCCGGCCAUGACUUUCUCACUCCCGUGGGCUAAGCCUUACUGUCCGCACGGCAUCGACAACCCAUACGGAGAGCUAAGACACGGCAUCACUGUUGACGUCGAUCUCAUCAAAAGAGGUUUCCAUACAUUCUUAGGCAUCGGAUCUCUAGUAUUGGUAAGACCCGAUCAAAGAGUAUUCAAUCAAAUGCUGAAACUAUUGAGAAAUCAAAUGUUUUUCGGUUCAAAAGAGUGUUUCAGUGGUUUUGAUGAGCAGUUGAUUUGCGCCACAUAUGUAUCGUUGAACCAAUCGUUUCGACACAUCCAUCAGUGCUAUAACUGGUCUGUAAGCAAAUGGGAAUGGCUUUCGAUCGCCGGUGAGGGCGACACACAUCCAAAGAUUGUCCACUUCUAUGGCGAUCAGAAGCCGUGGUAUUCGAGUCGUAACUUUCAAUGGAGUGACACAAUUGAGUGGUGGACUAUCGCCGACCAAAUCAUUGCCUCCGAUGACUCCACCCGACGCUUCUUUGAACUACAGUUUUAA